AUGGAUGCCAGGCGGGCGGUCGCCUUGCUGCUGCUGGUGGCGACGGGCUGGGGCCCCGCCGGGGGCUCUGAAGGCACCCAAGAGGCCGGGAGCUGGGACGGAGACCAGACCCUCCCCGAGGAAGACAGCGGACCGCACCCCCCGCAGGAUGCCGAGACCCUGGGGUCCGUCUUGCAUUUCCUGCUGCAGGCCUUGAAGAGACCCAGCCGGACGCCGGCCUUCCUGUUCCAGCCCCAGAGGUUUGGCAGGACCCCCCGCGGCCCCCGGAGCCAGGACAGGCUGAGUGCCCGCACCGGCGAGGGGCACAGCUCGCCCUUCUGGAGCCUGGUUGCCCCUCAGCGCUUCGGAAAGAAGUGA